UCGCAAACGCGGCCCACGCUCGUCCUGCUCCUCGCUGACGCGGCUUCACGCGCGCCCUGCUAGCAGUACGCGUCGCGCGAGGUCCUGCUCGAUCGCAGUACGCGGCCCAGCGCGAGUCCUGCUCGAUCGCUGACGCGGCUCACGCUCGCACACGCGGCCCAGCGCGAGGUCCUGCUUCGCACCCACGACCCCCGCGUCCUGCUCUGAUCGCAGAUGCGGCCCACGCUCGUCCUGCUCGCUGACGCGGCUCACGCGAGUUCGGAUCGCAGUACGCGGCUCACGCGAGGUCGGAUCGCAGUACGCAACCCCCUCGUCCUGCUCUGCUCGCAGUACGCGGUUACGCUAGUCCCGCUCGGCUCACGCGAGGUCCUGCUUCGCAGUACGCGGCUCACGCGAGUCCUGCUCGCAGUACGCGGCUUACGCGAGGUCGACGAGUAGGCGCGGUACGCGAGGUCAGCGAGUACGCGGCCCAGCGAGUCCUGCUCGAUCGCACCCGCGGCCCAGCGCGAGUACGCGGCUACGCGAGGUCCUGCUCGAUCGCACCCACGACCCCCGCGUCCUGCCUCGCAGUACGCGGCUCACGCGAGGUCCUGCCUCGCG